UGAAAAUCAGCUAGUGAAAACCCUCUGGAGCACAGUGGUCGAAUCCUGUUAUGCAUGGGAUCACCAUGAGUCGGGGCCAACUCCUAUGGCCGCUGACAACAUUUGCAUUAGAUAGUUCCCCAUAUGAUUGCUUUUGAUUAGCUUUAUAAGUUUAAAUGAUCUGAUGUUAAAAAUAAUUAUAUAUAUACAAGUAUAUAGUUUAUAUAUGUAAAUAUGGCUGUUGUGUAAAGCGAAGUACAUCUGUUUUACAAAGACUACAUGUUUGCAUCCUGUUGGGCACACACAUGAUUAUUAUCAACCUUUGUAGAGUUCUGGAUUGUUUUCAGAGUAGAAUAAUUGCCUCAAGGUCACAAAGCCGAGAUUCCUUGGAAGCCCAUUCCCCCAUGUCAUGCUGCCUGUUUUAAUAUGCUGAGUUCCACCAUUUGGGUGAACUAUUUUUAUUUAUCAACUCAAAUAGGUUCUAGUCUGAAUAUCUCAUGUUCACCAGUAUUAUUUCAAUUUCUGAUGUAAAUUCCUAAUACUUUCAUUGUUUAUUCAGUGGAGACAUUGCAAGUAGUUGAAACUUUCACUUUGGAAUAAGCUACUCAAUCAUAUUUAGAAAUGGAAGAUGUAUGUUUUGAUUAUAUCUGGAGUGGUUAAAAACUUGAAAAUUUUUCUAUAUAACUAGGUCAUUCAUUCUAUAAAUUAAAAAGUCAGCACCAAAGUGUAAUAAAAAGACAACACACAUAUAUAACCCAUUUAGUCAUUUUGGACUCCAUCACAGUAGGGCAUGUGCUUUAAGUUGGGCAUUUAAAUUAAUAGUGGAUUUUCAAUCUUGUCUAGCCAGCCUCUUUUUUUUUUUAAAAAAAAAAAAAAACAAGUGAGAUAAGAUGUCCAACCGAGAUUACAGAUUAUUAUGGUCUUUAAAACUGAGUACACCUGAUCAGCAAAUCAGUCAGCAAGUGUUUGUAUUUAGUAUGCACUAGUACCUCCGACUAUAUGAAGAAGAAGAAGGACGAGCCUUGCCCUUGAGGAGCUUAUAACUUUUUGCUAAAUUUGAAAUUUCCACUGUAGUCUCUGUACUAAUGGUUAACUGAUUGAACAAAUCUGUCCAUAGUUCCGUAAUCAGGCUUGCAAUGUAGCAACAUUUUACUGUAUUUAAAUAGAAUUCUGUUUCAUCUAAUACCAUAUUAAUGGUAAUACUAAGCAGUAGGCUGAUGCCACUUCCUAUUUCGAGCUUUUUUCCCUCACCCUGUUCCCUGUUCAGGCAUCUGCAGUUGUGCAGACACCUUGCCUUUCUUCUUGAACCGAUGUCCCUAUAUUCAGCUUUUCUCAGUAACCAGCCCAUAGGAUUGAUGAAGGAGUUAAAAUAGUGGAACAACAUAAAGAGCUGGACUGGCCAUUAUGGAGGAGGAGCUGCAUCAUUCACACUGCGUGAACUGUGUCAGCAGACGGUGCAUGACCCGACCAGAGCCUGGGAUUUCCUGUGACUUGAUUGGUUGCCCAUUGGUUUGUGGAGCAGUUUUCCAUUCUUGUAAAGCUGAUGAACAUCGACUUUUAUGUCCAUUUGAACGAGUGCCUUGUUUAAAUAGUGACUUUGGAUGUCCGUUUACAAUGGCCCGAAAUAAAGUUGCUGAACAUCUAGAAACAUGUCCUGCAAGCGUGGUGUGCUGUACUAUGGAGUGGAACCGAUGGCCAGUUAGUUAUGCAGACCGGAAAUCAUAUGAAAAUCUAAGCAGAGAUGUUGAUGAAGUGGCACAAUUAGAUAUGGCCUUGGCCCUUCAAGACCAAAGGAUGCUGUUAGAAUCUCUCAAAGUAGCCACCAUGAUGUCAAAAACAACUGAUAAAGUAUCAGAAGCUAGAGAACAAAUUUCAGUGAAAUCAAGUGUCCCAGAAGUACCACAUACUAAUGGCUUGGUGUCUGUUCAUGAAGAAUCUUAUGGUGCACUUUAUCAGGCUACUGUAGAAACAACCAGAAGUUUGGCUGCUGCUUUAGAUAUCCUAAAUACUGCCACAAGAGACAUUGGCAUGUUAAGUACAAGUCUUUGUGUAUCCCAAAAUGAAAUAGAUGAAGAGCAAAAUACCAGAGAAGGCUUACAGGAUAGAAACUUAAAAGACCAGGAUCCUCUUUAUGAUUAUGAGAUAGGAGUAGUAGGUGGAAUUGACCACAACGAUACAAAUCAGAAUGCCCAGCCUGAACAAAAUGGUUCAAGUGAUGUAUUAUGUGACUUGGAUACACGUUCUCAUGGCACUUCUGCUCUUUGUAAUGGCUUUCCUUUGGAAAAUAUAUGUACACAGGUACAGAAUCAGAAUUUACAUGGUGAUUCAAAGCAAACUAACUUAACAAAUGGAGAAUGUGUGGCAUCAGAUGACGCUUCAGAACCUUCCAGUUCGCUUUCAGUAGCAGCACAACUUAGGGAAGUAAUACCGUCCAAUCCUUUGCCUAAUGGCACAGUGCAGCAUAUCCUUAUGCCCAAUGAUGAAGAUGAAGGAGAAUUGUGUCAGAGAAAAGUAGACUUAGGGGACUUGAGAGAUAUGAAUGUCUUGCCUUUUGGUAUUCAUUCAUUCAAAUUUCUGUCUAAUUCAUGUUGGUCCAAACCGAAGGAAGAUAAAGCAGUGGAUACAUCAGAUUUGGAAGUUGCAGAAGAUCCCAUGGGCCUCCAAGGAAUAGAUCUAAUCACAGCAGCAUUACUGUUUUGUCUAGGAGAUUCUCCAGGUGGGAGGGGUAUAUCUGAUAGUCGCAUGGUUGAUGUUUAUCACAUUGACUUUGGGACUCAGACUUUUUCACUUCCAUCUGCAAUAUUAGCUACAAAUACAAUGGUUGGGGAAAUAGCUUCAGCUUCAGCUUGUGAUCAUGCCAACCCACAGCUUUCAAAUCCAAGUCCGUUUCAGACACUUGGGCUGGAUUUAGUUUUGGAAUGUGUUGCUAGGUACCAACCCAAGCAGCGUUCAAUGUUUACAUUUGUUUGUGGACAGUUAUUUAGAAGAAAAGAAUUUUCUUCACAUUUUAAGAAUGUACACGGUGACAUUCAUGCUGGACUCAAUGGCUGGAUGGAACAGAGGUGUCCUUUAGCUUAUUAUGGUUGUACCUAUUCUCAGCGUAGAUUUUGUCCAUCAACACAAGGAGCAAAGAUUAUACAUGACCGCCAUUUGAGGUCAUUUGGAAUUCAGCCAUGCAUAUCUACAGUAUUAGUAGAACCUGCUAGACACUGUGUGUUGGGAUUACAUAGUGACCAUCUGAGUAGUCUUCCUUUUGAGGUCCUGCAGCAUAUUGCAGGCUUUCUUGAUGGCUUCAGUUUAUGCCAGCUCUCCUGUGUGUCCAGGUUAAUGAGGGAUGUGUGUGGCAGUCUGCUUCAGUCUCGUGGAAUGGUCAUACUGCAGUGGGGGAAAAGGAAGUAUCCAGAUGGAAAGUCAUCAUGGCAGAUAAAAGAAAAGGUAUGGCGAUUCAGUACUGCAUUUUGUUCUGUUAAUGAAUGGAAGUUUGCUGACAUCCUAAGCAUGGCUGACCACUUGAAGAGAUGCAGUUACAAUAUUGUAGAGAAGCGGGAGGAAGCAAUCCCACUGCCUUGUAUGUGUGUGACACGGGAACUCACUAAGGAAGGACGUUCACUACGCUCAGUUUUGAAACCUGUACUUUAGAAACUGUAACUCCACCUCCACAGACAUGCAAACAUCUAGUAUAAUUUCUUUGUAAUAUGUGACACUUUAUUAAUGUAUUAAAGGCUACAACUAGCUAAAACUAUUGUCAUGGUGUACAUAAUGUUUUGAAGUGACAUAUAUUUUUGUAAAAUAAGUAGUUUAGUUGGGAAAAAGUUGCCUUAAUGUUUGAAAUGUGUGAAAUUUUUGGAACUUGCUGGACAGGGUGAUUUAAUUUUUAGCUAUAUAAUUUUUGGAGUUAAUAUUUUUCAUGGUGUGCAUAUUUUGGUUCUUAAAUUUUUGGCUUCUUUAACUAACAGGAUCCUGACCAAACAUUUUAUUCCUUAUGUUUUCUGUAGGUUGUAACCCAUGCAUUAAAAAAGUGAACCUUUGAUAUAAAUUUUCACAGCAUAGGUUUUUAAGAUAAAAAAAAUUUAAAUGCUUUAAGCACUCCUAUAAGAUCACUAUAAAGGUUUUAUUUCCAGUGCUCCCCUUAUGCAGUUGUUGGUACGUAGAUGAUCUCUAGUAUAUAUUUAAAUAAUAUUUAAAAUCAUGACUAAUAUUUGGUAAUGCCAUUUAUCAUGUUUUAAAAAUAAUCCACAAGGAUGUAUUCAUCUUAUGUGUUAAUAAUUCUCAUACCAAGAGUGCCCAUAUGCAGCUUUCUUUUUUGUUAGAUGCCACGUCUAAAGACUCGUGGCAACGUGGUAUGUGUCAGGUUAAUGCAAAAACAAAGAAAAAGCCUGUGAAUUUACUGUAAUUUGAAACUUUAUGGUAUUAUGUAUUUGCUAGGUAUUUGGUAUUUGGAGAAAAGUAAGUAUACCUCAUUUUAAGUUUGAGUUGGGCAUAUUGUGUGAAUACAUUUCAAAUAUUCAGAAUGAAAAGGGCUUAAUUUUUUUUCAUAAGCUUUUAAAAAAUUUUCCUUUGAUAUUAAUUAAAAAAAUAAAACUUGUUUUAAGACAUUUAAAAAUGUGAAAUUCGGUAUCAUCUUUGUAAGAAGACAGUCAUGAAAUGCAGAAACCUAUCUUGACUGGCAAUCUCUUUAAAACAUUUCCAAGUUAAUUUCCCAUAGAUUAACAAAAACUAAGAAUUGCAUCUUUGUAUAAAGAUAAAGGCAUAAUAGAAAAAUAUUCAAAUAUCUAUUCUUGAAGUAUUUUAUUAUAGCUUUCAAAUUGAUUUAUACUCUUUAUCAACCUGAUGUGCUCAGUUGAAAAAAAUGAGUGCAUCAGUAUUCAGAAUUAAAUUGCAAAGAAGGGGAAAUACACUUAAAUAAUUUGUUUUAGGUAACUUCUGGCAUUUGGAAGUCUGCAAUGGUGGCAAGUUACCUUGUUAGAAAUAAUCAAAACUCUAUUGUGUCUUCUCUUCCUACAUUUGUCCCUGAGGGUGCUGUGUCGUUACUAGGUUCUUGAUUCUCAUAUAUGGUGAUCAGUCUAGCAGAUGCCUUCCUUGGACAGUAGAGAAAAAUUUUCAUCUACUUAGGACUUGGUUUGGUUGGAUCAAGUCCUUAGUACAGCUGAAAAACAUAGCAUUAAAGACUAAUUGCCAUUUUUUUUGCCUCACCUUUUUAAUUAGUGGAACUGUUAAACACUUAUUUCCCUUAAAGUGUGUUUUUUCAAGUGUAAGAUUAAAUUGCAUAAAGUUUCUCUUGAUGAAAAAGCCAGAAAUAAGAUAUCAAAUACUGUAAAAUAUAACUCUGCCUUUUAAAAGUUUGCUGAAUAGUGUGUCUCUGGUUAGGAUAGCACAAGCAGUAACUUGUUUUUUUUUUUUUUUUAUGGUUGUGCAUUUUUAAAUCCAUGAUUUUUAUGUUUAGACUUCUUGUUUCCACACUGGAUCAUGAGAUAUUUAACAUUUUUUCACCUUAUUAUAUUUCUUUUACACAUCUUUGGCUGUUCUCUCUUUUGUUUGUUAUGCCACUGUAUUAUUUUGUUAAUUUGUUAAAAUGUUUUCUUUGUGCAACAUUUGUUCAAAUUCUAAUAAAAUUAAUGUUUUCCCAUUAUAUGGCUCAGUAACUUAAAAAUCAGAACUUUCAUUUAAAUAAAAUUUUAGUACUUGUUGGACAAA